AUGCUUAUGGCCACUGUUCACCAACGCAUUGAAGAGACUUACGCCACCCUUAUGGACCAGCCUUUCCCUACACUGGAACAGAUCAGCAUCAUAAAGAAGGUUCUUAAGUUGUCCAUCAUCACCUUCGUCGACAAGGACGUCAACAGGACCGCCGAGCUGGUUCACUCCGACUACAAGCAGCACAAUCCAUUCGUCGAAGAUGGCUGGAAAUCCAUCAUCGAAUUCGAAGAUGUCAUGAAGCAGCGGUUCCCUCUUUUGAGCCCCGUCAAAGAAUUCUAG